UACAACUCAAAUGCCCAAAAAUAGCCCACCGUGAUUAUUGAACCAUUUGGGCCAAAAGUAAAAAGUAAAAUGAAGCCUCCAGCUUCAUCCUCAGCCUCUGAAAGGCAACGAAAAGAAAACCGCUAUUGUCUUAAAACCUAAAUUAAUUGACAAAAACCUAAAAAGGGAAACUAAACUCAAUCGCUGUGUACACAUAAUCGUGAUUAAGAACCAUAAUCCGCUUUUUAAAACCAAAAAUCAAUAAUUUAAGAGCAGGGAAGAAGAAAAGCUUUUUACCCGCAAUUUCCCCCUCCUCCACCCGCCGCCGCCCGGGGUAAAAAAAAUGGGUUGCGGGAAAUCGAAACACGCCGUCGCCACGGCCACCGCUCCCACCGCCGUGACCCGAAAGAGAUCGACCGCCAAGAAGAGUACAGGAGACGCGAGCAAGGACAGGCGAGAAGACGACAUCCCGUCGCCGUCGCCGCCGCUGCCGGAUCAAAACUUAUCAAGCGAAGAUAACGGCAAUGCGGCCGCGGGGGAGGCGAAGCGAGAAGCGGAGCCGGGGAAAUUGAUAUCCCGAGGGUCGCCGAGCGGGGUGUUCUCGUCGCACAAGGACGCGGAACUCAUCGCCGCCGCCAUCGGCGACGCGAAAUCGGAUGGCGACGAUUCGGAGUACGGUUCCCCGCGGGCUGAGUCGGCGGGGAGCGACGAUGCACUACCGGAAUUGAACGUUCACAAUGCCGCUGCAGAUGGGGGAGAGAAAGCCGCCGCGGCGGUGGUGGAGGCAGCGAGGGAAGGCGCGGCCGCCGUCGAAUCUGCAGCUCCGGAGACGAAGCUGCAGCACAAGGACGGUGAUAGCAAGGUGGAGGAGGUGAAAUUGGAAGGUUCGUCGGCGGAAAUUGGCAAGGCAAUGUGAAAACGAAAUCGCUAAUCUGAAUGUUUAUGGUUUCUAUUGUUUUGAAUUGAUUGAUUACUCAAUUUCCAAUGACAAUCGUCCAUUUUUUUAAUGUCACUGCUUAUUUGAUUGCCUAUCAUUCUGCCUACAAUUCUAUACAUUGCCAAAGUGAUUCAAAGGAUUUCUGAAUGAAGGAAUUGAUUAGAG